AUGGAUAAAAAACAAGGUGGAAUGGGGAUAAGGAAUUUGAAGAACCAAAGCAAGGCUCUUAGAAUUAAAUGGUUAUGGAAGUACUCUAAAGAACCCCAAUCUUUAUGGUCCAAAGUGAUCAAAGCAAAGUAUGGUGAAGAAAACAACUGGGUGUCAAAAAAAGUCAGAACAUCAUAUGGAGUAAGUGUGUGGAAAUCCAUCAGAGAACUUUGGCCAAUAAUGAAGAAUCAUUUCUCCAUAAGAGUGAACAACGGAAGGAACACAUCAUUUUGGAAUGAUAACUGGUUAGGAAUUGGAAGCUUAAAGGAAAGAUACCCAGAUAUGUUCGGUUUAGCACAAAACCAACAUAAGACAGUAGCUGAAAUGAGGAGUUGUCAAGGAUGGGAAAUAGCUCUAAGAAGACAGCUGAAUGACUGUGAGAUAACAAGAUUAACUGACCUCUACAAAGAGCUGGAAGCAUUUACAGGAUUACAGGAAGGGUUGGAUUCAAUAUGGUGGAAGAGGCACAACAGAGGGGUUUACCGAAAACUGUCAACCAUUUGUUUCUACAUUGCAAGAUUACAGACCAACUAUGGAAAAUCUUUAUUAGUCUUAGGGGUAUUUCAUGGUCAAUGCCAUACAGGAUUAAAGAUGUCAUUUAUAGCUGGGAAGAAGCUGGAGCUGAAGCAACUAGCAGAGAUAGAUGGAGGACUGUUCCGGCAUGUAUUUGGUGGACAGUCUGGAGGGAAAGGAACACUAGAUGUUUUGAAGACAGAAGCAAUCCACUGCAGAAGAUCAAACUCAAUUUUUGACAGAACACUCGAAGCUCCAAGCUCUCGAAUUGUUAUAAUUGAAGGGAUAUAUGCUUUGAGUGAAAAGUUGAGGCCAUUACUAGAUCUCCGUGUGUCUGUCACGGGUGGAGUGCACUUUGACUUAGUGAAACGGGUUCUCAGGGACAUUCAACGUGCUGGACAAGAGCCGGAAGAGAUAAUCCAACAAAUCUCGGAAACGGUCUAUCCUAUGUACAAAGCCUUUAUUGAGCCUGAUCUACAGACAGCUCAUAUCAAAAUUAUCAACAAGUUUAACCCGUUCGCUGGAUUUCAGAACCCAACAUAUGUUUUAAAGUCAACAAAAACUGUGACUGUAGACCAGAUCAAGGCUGUGUUUCCAAAUGAGCACAAGGAAAUUACAGAGGAAACUUAUGAUAUUUAUCUCCUACCUCCUGGUGAAGAUCCUGAAGCUUGCCAAUCAUAUCUUAGGAUGAGGAACAAGGAUGGAAAGUACACUCUUAUGUUUGAGGAAUGGGUGACAGAUAGUCCUUUCAUUAUAUCACCAAGAAUCACCUUUGAGGUCAGUGUACGACUUCUUGGUGGUUUGAUGGCAUUAGGAUAUUCAAUUGCGACCAUUUUGAAAAGGAGCAGCCACAUCUUCUCUGAUGACAAGGUUUGUGUGAAAACAGAUUGGUUGGAGCAACUUAAUCGUCAGUAUGUUCAGGUGCAAGGAAGAGAUCGAUUACAUGUAAAAUUUAUUGCUGACUCUCUGGGUUUGGAUGGUUCAUAUAUUCCUCGCACUUACAUUGAACAAAUUCAGCUGGAGAAGCUUUUAAACGAUGUUAUGGCAUUGCCAGACGAUCUGAAGACAAAGCUGAGCAUAGACGAUGAUUUGGUCUCAAGCCCUAGAGAAGCUUUAUCCCGAGCCUCGGCAGAUAGGAGAACGAAAUUUCUUAAUCGUGGUAUCCCACAUACAUACUCAAUACAACGAGAAAAACACCUGUCCAAGUUGACCAAACUUGCGGUUAAUAGUAGAAGAUAUGAUGGAAGAAUUCCAGAUUCUCCAGCACCAGUGGCUAACCAGGGAGUUGUUUCUCAACUUUCAGAACAAAUUUCCACGCUGAGUGAGCGAAUGGAUGAGUUUACAUCUCGGAUGGAAGAGCUAAACUCAAAAAUAUCUGUCAAUAAAGUUUCUGCCAGCCAACAAAAUUUGGCAGUGCACGCUGAGGCUUGCAAUGGAUCUGCACCCACUUCUCUUUUUGUGGCUGGGUUAGGAAAUGGCUCAUUGACUGGUUCUCUUUUACCUCAUUCAUCAUCUGCUUCCCAAUUGGCAAGGGAAUCUUCUCUUAUGGAAGAGGUACUUCUCAUUGGGAGAUCACAGCGUCAGAUCAUGCACCAGAUAGACAAUCUGAGCAAUAUCCUCCGUGAACUCAAUGGAGAAAGAUCUCGCCAAGGAAGAACGGAUAGGACGGAAGGAAUGGCUGAAGUUGUUGAAUCAAUUGGUGUUCCUCUACUUCUUACUCUUGCUAUUGGCGGUGUAGGUAUCUUGUUGUUCAGGACCUUGUCAUCUCAAAAAUAACAUAUUCAGCUAAUGCUACUGAAACAGUGAACUCGAAGAUGUACAUAUAUUAAGAGAGAAUUUUAGCGUAAAUAAAUGUAUAUAUUUUUAGCCUUGUUAUCUUUGAAGAACCACAAAUACAUGAGAGGAUGAAAUAAAUUGUCUCUUGCAAAUGGAGAAAGUAUUUCUUCUUGGAUUA